UAAAAUGUAAAGCCAUUUCAUACUUCAAUCACAAUAUUAGGCAGCCAAAGGAGCAACCUCGCUUGUAAUCUAACCACUUGAGCCAGCUAAAAAGUGGUUAGAAGGGAUUACAAAAAUGGCAAACUCAAACCCAGAACUAGAAACCCUAGAAGAAGAGCAGAGACCGCCACGGAUCGAUCGAAACCUAAACCAGUCGUCCCAAGAAUGGGAGACGAUGGCUCGAGCUUGGCUCACCGCAUUCCCAGAACCCAAAACCGUAAGCACCACUGCGGUAGAGUCUUGGAUAGACUCCAACCGCGGCUAUUUACCAGCUGACCUGCAAUCAAUGCCCCGGUCCGACCUCAUUGAUCGCCUCCUCGCUAUUCAAAAUUACAUGAGGCUGCCUAAUCAGCAGGCAAUAGCAGAAGCCAAUGAGGUUGAUAUUCCGCAUGCUCGAUUUCAACGAACAGAUCAGUGGCUACCGGUUUAUUCCUGGUUGGAAUCUUUAGAUAAAGAUGAGGCGGUGAAGUCUAAAGAUAUCUCUGAUUGGCUAACUGAGAACCCGGAUAUCAAAGAACACUUGUGCUCCAAACAUUCUCGAUACCAUUUGAUGCACUACAUAAAAAAGUGCCAUAUGAAGAUACUAAAAAGGCGCGAAAAGAAGAAGGGAUUGCAGCAGAAUGACAAACCCACCUCUCCAAAAGCUCACAAAAUCAUGGUUAUAAAAGAAAGCACUCCAGUUCCAAGCAACCCUUUGAACAAUAUACCUAAGGAUAGUGACUUAUACUUGGUCAAACGAAAUGAAGCUCAUCGUAAAUUUGAGAUUUUACGGGAGCUAAAGAAGACGCUUUCCCCUCAUUUUUUAAAGCCUCAAGGUACAGAAAUGAAGCAAUGAAAAGUAUAGUAAUUUGCUGCCAAGACAGAUUGUAUUUGUAUCAGCUCAGGUAGUGCACAUAUUUCCGUCCUCCCCACGAAUUAUGCUUUGUAAACAGCUGACGUUGACCUAGGGUGGUUUGAUUUCUCUUGAAGCACGCCACAAGUGUUAGAAAAAUUGAUGCUAUUGCUGAAUGCUGGAGAAUUUUGGUGUAAAUAUUCACAUAACAUUGUAAUGUCUGCCUUUUAGCUUAGAUUCCGCUAUGCAUAAUUUGUCCCAGGAUGAGGUAUGCAAAUGAAAUUGACCAUUCCAACUAAAAUUUCUAAUUAUUUUUGAAAAAAUAACAUCAAUGGUGUCUGCACUUUUUGAA